AUGUGUGGGGGUAGGAAAAAUAAAAAUAACCAAACAAACAAAAAAAAAAAGGAAGAAGGAAAAAUCCAAAACUUUACCAAACUGGUUGCAAAACUUCAAAAGAUGAUUCAAUCCAUAAUAAUAAUCUUAUUUUCCAUUUAUCAAUUCAUUUAUUCAUAUAAUGAACAUAUCAUCAAUUAUUAUCCACCCACUGAAUUAGCCAUAUCUGAUGAAGAAAUUGUAAAUAGAGCAAUUCAAGAAUUACAUAAUAUUGAUGCCGCCAAUGAUUUAAAUGAAUGUAUGACAUGUAAAACUCGAUUACAAGUUGCUAAAUUCAUUAGUUUGACUCGUCCUGAUUUAGUUCCACAAAUCUUUUCUACUUGGUGUGUUGAAUCUGGUUAUGAUGAAAUUCAAUGUCAUAUGAAUUAUGGUUAUCCCAGUGAAGAUUAUUGUACUAUGGGUAAUGAUUUUACUAAAAUGGUUAGUCUUAUGAAUCCAUCAGGUUUAGAUGGUGAUUAUUUUUGUUAUUAUCAUGAUAAUAAUUGUGGAAUAUUACCUGAAACUCCCCUUGUUGAUAUGAGUAGAUUAUGGCCUCUGAAACCACGUAAUUAUUUACCGCCAGAUAAUAGUGGUGAAACAUUUCAUGUGUUACACAUUAGUGAUAUUAAUCUUCAACUGGAUUAUAAAAUGUUUGCUGAAGCUAAUUGUACUCAAAGUUUAUGUUGUUCUCCUCAUUGUAGAAAUUUACAAAAUUCAGCUCCUAAUUUUAAUGAAAACUUGGAAGGAGGAUAUUUUGAUAGUAGUUAUAGUAGAAACCAUUUUGAAAAAGGUUCAUAUAUGGAUAUCACCAAAAUUAAAAAACCAACUUGGAGACCAGCUCGACAAUUUGGAGAAUAUAGUUGUGAUUCUCCAACAUUGUUAUUAAAUAGUACCAUGCAAGGUAUACGUGAUUUACAUCAAAAUCAUCUUUCAUUUGAAUUUGCAUUAUUCACUGGAGGUACUGUUGAUCAUUCUGAUAGACUGUUUAUGAGUAAAAAUAAAAAUAUUAUGUCUCAAGAUAUUAGUUAUAGAAUUCUUAAACAUUAUUUAGAUACGGUUGAUGUGAUCCCCACAUUUGGUACAAGAGACAUUUUCCCCAUGAAUCAAUUGCCGCAAAAAAAUUUAACAGAAAAUUCCAAUUCUUAUCAAUGGCAAUUUGAUUUUCUUGCUGAUCUUUGGCUGGAAUUAGGUUGGAUUGAUCAUGAAUCUUCUAAACAAAUUAGAUAUUCUCAAAUUGGUUAUUCAUUAAUUACUUCUCGAGGUUUAAAAAUUAUAUGUUUAAAUUCCAAUGUUUGGAAUGUGAAAAACUUGUAUACAUUUUGGGAAGUUUUAUCAAUUGAUUCAUUUGGUAUAUGGAAAUUUCUUAUUGAAGAAUUAAUUGAAAGUGAAAGAAUUCAUCAACGUGUAUGGAUAGUGGCUCAUUUACCAACUAAUCAUCAAUCAUUACCAUUACCAACCAAAGUAUUUGCCCAAAUCAUGGAACGAUUUUCUCCACAAGUGAUUGCUGCCAUUUUUUUCGGUCAUAUUCAAGUUGAUACAUUUAUGAUUCAAUAUGGUGGAGAUGGAACUGAUAACAAGGAAUUGGAAAAAGCUAUUAAUCAUGCAAUUGUUGGUCCUCUGAUUAGUCCAUAUCUGGGAGUGAAUCCUGCUUGGAGAUAUUAUGCCAUCGAUCUGAAAAGUUUUAGUGUUGUUAAUGCUUUUACUUAUUAUACCAAAUUAGAUAAUACAUUUAUCAAUGAUGGUGCCGAACCAGUUUGGGAAUUUGGAUAUUCUGCUCGUGAUGUAUAUGAUCCUGAACAAAUGUGGCCCAUGGAAUGGUGUUUAAAUACUGAAUGGUGGCAUCAUGUCAGUGAAAAAAUCAAAAAAGUACCAGAAAUGGAUUUAAUGUAUCAACGAUUAGAGACUCGAUGGUUUUCUCAAAAUGAAUUCGAUAGCAAUAGUUAUUGUAAAGUGACUAGUUUUACCAUGGAAGCUAAAAAACAAUGUAUGUUAACUGGAGAUCAAGAUGAUUAUGUUGAACCAAAACAACCUAAUGAUUAUGUUCCAUUUAUUCAUGUUGGAAGUAAAAUUGAAUACAUUGAUAAACAAGUAGCAUAUCCCCCUGAAGUAGAAGAAGAAGUAGAAGUAGACGUAGAAGAAGAAGAAGAAGAAUUUGAGUCUGAAGAAGUUGACGAAGAUUAUCAACCUGGAAAAAAAUUAGGCACCAAGGGAAAUAACACUAAUGUUGACCAGGGUUUGAAUGAUGGUGGUGGUGGCGAAGGUGGUGGUGGUGGUGACAAGAAAAACAAAGGAAAAGGAGGAUUAAUUGGGAAAGAAAUUGAAGAACAAAAUUAUACUGUUGCUAAUGAUAAUUCUCUUAUUUCAAGAUUUCAAAGAAAACCUCAAGGUAAAUCUCUUGGAUUAAAAAUUAAAAAUCGUCACCGAGUUCCAAUUGCUCAAUUGUGA